GGGCUGUUCACUGACCUAAUCGGCAGCCUCGAGGAAAUGCGUCACGUCUAUGUGGGCAGUCAUUCGUGUGUGGGCCCAUGGGACCAGGUGGGGUGGAUAGCGGCUGACACAGUGGACAUGAUAAGAGGAGAACUCCGGUUAUCAAUGCCAACAUAUUUGCUUGUCGGCUGUUUCAACACACAGUUUCUCAUUUCGUUCCCAAGCGACGAGAACCCGGAAGUUGUCAGUUCGAUCGCUGUCAACACAGAGACAGUUUCUAAAGCAAACGUGCAGCAUACACAAGACUCAUGGUUGCCGAACAGGACCCAGUCACCGACAUGGAGGUCGCAGCGCCUUCAGCUGUCAUAGUCGACAUCCAUGGCGUUGAGGACAACGUUGACGUCCUCAAACAAACGGUCAACCACCUGCUCGUAAUGGAGAAUGUGAGUAGUCCCUUAUACGUGUACUUCCUUACGUCGACGGAGACGCUGGAUGUCCCAAUAAACGGCCUCACUGGUGCGAGCAUGACAACGUCCAUGGUUGUAGGUGAAGGACGCGUUGACUGCUUCUACGACGCCAAGAGAAAGCUGGAUAAUGUUGAAGUAGUUAACGUGUGCGUAUUGUGUUGCGAACCCUGUGAGGAGUACUGGAAAUCUGUGUGCGGAGCCAUCUUCACGCCAGUUCACACAUGGAGGAUUGAAACAACCACGUGUGACGUCACGGUCCUUGUUGACGCAAAGUCGGCCUUGCCUGACCUCAGGAAGAUGCUUGAGACACUGCCGUCAAUAGGAGACGUAAAUGUAUUGAAAACCACACUCAUACCAAGUGACACUUUCAACCACGGGUAUUCCACACGCUGUGGGGGGAUCACAAGCAUUCCGAGCCUGGCGUCCUUGAACUUGCUGUACACACCUCGCAAACGUGACUCCCGUUUGACCGUGGCGGAGAAUCUACGACGCUUGGCCAGAACAGCCCGGUUUGAUCCGGAUCAGUUCCACGUCACACGGACCAACCACGCAAACAAGGUCUGGGUCGUUGGGAAGGAACAGUCAGAGAAGUACGACGCAAUCGUCACCGACAAGCCUGGUGUCACGGUCGCCGCCGCGGGAGCGGACUGCACUCCUCUCCUGUUUGUGGAUCCAGUCAAACGGGUAUGCGGUGCAGCACAUGCUGGGUAUUUGGGUACACUGAAACGGGUGGUCGUUGAGACCGUGAACGCUCUUGUAGAGGAGUUCGGGAGUAAUGUCAAGGAUAUUUUGGUUACCAUGGGACCGACGCUGUGUUCGAACUGCUUCUCUUUUGACAGAACAGAUCCUGCAGUUGAAGAGUUCCUGGCAAUUGACCAAACCACUGUGGAUUUCAGGGUUAAUGGUGAAGGUACGCGGGUACACGCAGGCCUCGUGACGACCAACACACUCCUUCUGGAAAGAAUGGGGAUCAAACCAAACAACAUCGACACGAGCCGCGCCACCUGCACAGCCUGCGACCCGGACAGGUUCUUUUCUUUCCAGAGAGACAGAUUCCCGUUUGGGAACCAGGUUGGCUUUGUGAGCAUCAGAUAAAAUGAUUA